GUGCUGCUACCAUCACGGCCAAUUGUCUGGAUGUAAAGCAGACUCUGCCUCACUUACCGUUGUGUGUUAGCUUGUGCCUGAACAGCAGGUUCAGGAUCAUGGUUUUGUAACAGCUCGUCGGUCCAGGACAGAUGCAGGACAACUGGUAAAUUUGUAGAGGGAGGGAGGCAUCGAAAUAGAGAGAGAGUGAGAAAGCAGCAAUCACUUAGCAGGAAACGUCCUGUAACAUAUAGCUGGGAAUACCCGGAGCAGAUGUGAUGGUGGAGUGAUGCGGAGACGGGACACUGGGGCACCUUAUCUGACACCGCGCUGAAGAGUGGACAAAUCAAAGGUUUUCUGCGACUGAAAAAAAAAACAUGGUGGGCCUGAGAAACCGUUCUACAUGGGACCCAUUGCUAUUAAAGGCCUCCUGCAUCAAGUCUUGUGCCAACGGCUGCUCCAUGGGCAUCACGGCACACCUCACGUACGCCAAUGCUGACACCGAGUCCGUGGAAGGUGUGUUUGUGUACCCUCUGGAGGAAAAAGAGGUCGUGGUGGGCUUUGAGGCCAUGAUUGCAGGGCGGCUGGUGGGAGUCCACAUCCAGAGCAGAGGGAAGCUGAAGGACUGCUGUUUGGAGUGCUGCCCUGUUACUGAUGGACACUGUGGGAGAGGCCAGGAGUGGAGCUGCUGCUGCCAGAUGUCUGGUCUGGACAUACAAUGCACCAACGGACACCUGGUUUUGGAUGAAGACCUGGAAAGAACCACCUUCAUUGUGGAUUGUGGAGUCAUCGGGCCCAUGGAUAUAGUGUCUGUUGUCAUCAGCACCACACUAGAACUCCCCACUAUGGAAAAUGGAGCAAUCCGCAUUGUCUAUCCGACACUCCUUACUCCGGUGGUAACUGGCCAGGUGACGGCAAGCAAGGGUGAAAAUGGGGGAAAGUCUGAGGAAACGGGGGCAACCAGCUGCUUUGGUGCUAGCUCAGGAAAACCGGACCGGGCCUUGGACUAUGAGCAGCAGUGCUCUCAUGGCCUCUUUACCAGCCCUGCAGUCAACCUGGCACCGUAUGAACUCAACUUCCAGCUGCUGGUUAGAGGCGCCUGUCUGCUGGCUGGCUUGGAGAGCCCUACACAUGCUCUCAGGGCAGACGCCGACCCCGGUGCCCAGAGUGCGUCUGCCACCUACAUCACUCUGGCUCAGGAGCAUCCUUACGACAGGCACAUAGAGAUCAUUUUACACCUGAGUGAACCCCACAGCCCAUUGGUCAUCCUGGAGAGAGGCCGCCUGUCCUUCAGCCAGUACGAGCAGCAGAUCUGCUCACGCCGCGAUUACGUCCGAUACACCCGCAAAGACGCGGAGCCCGAGAGAAGGCUGGAGUACAUCCGGAGACGAUACCACAAGGACAUUCUCUGCAGCCCCGUCCUCAUGCUCAACUUCUGUCCCGACCUACUGUCUGAGCCCCUGGAGCUGCACAAAGCCACCAGAGAGUUGCUGUUCCUGAUCGACCGCAGCGGCAGCAUGAGUGGCACCAGCAUACUUCGCGUGAAGGAAGCCAUGGCGGUGGCCCUGAAGAGUCUACCCUCUGGUACGAUGUUCAACAUAGUUGGCUUUGGGACCACCAUCAAGCCUCUGUUUACCUCCAGCAAGCUCUGCACUGAUGUAACCCUAAUGCAGGCCUACGAGUACGUCCAGAGGAUGAGAGCAGAUAUGCGCGGCACCAACCUUCAGGGGGCGCUGUCCUGGCUCUACCAGCAGCCCAUGCAGCGUUCGUAUCCACGGCAGGUCUUCAUCAUCACCGACGGGUCCAUCAGCAAUGUGGCUAAGGUGCUGGAGCUGGUUCGCAGAAACACAUGUGCUGGCAGGUGCUUUGGCUUCGGCCUUGGCCCCCGGGCCUGCAGGAGACUCCUGCAGGGCAUUGCCAAACUGACUGGCGGGACCACAGAGUUCCUUUAUGAUGAGGAGAGACUCCAGCCAAAGCUAAUCAAGUCUCUGAAGAAGGCCUUUGAACCCGUCCUGACUGAUGUUCGGAUCGACUGGUACCUGCCAGAGAACAUGGAGGCCCUUCUUUCGCCAAACGAAAUUCCUCCUCUGUACCCCGGCGAUCGCCUUGUUGGAUACUGCACUCUUUAUGAUAUGACAAACUUCAAAGCACAGAAGACAGAGUGGCAGGGUCGGGACUGCAGAGGUGUGCACCGUGACUCCGUGGGUUCGGUUUUCACCCAUUCGACUGACGAGCUCUCACCGCCUCCUUCCUCUGAGCUCAUGCCCGCGGUGAUGCCCGCGGACCGCACCGAGCUGGAGGAGGCUCUGAGAGAAAUUUCCAGGGAGAUUUCGUCCGAGUUUUCCUGUGCCAGAGACGCUGACCUUGGACUCGGCCCAGCAGGCGGGGAGCUGGACUGGUCCAGCGACAUAAGGCGGAGGAUCCAGCAGAGCUCCUACAUCCAGGAGCAGUAUGUUCUCACUCAUUGCUCCCUGAGCAGCGAGCGAAGCCUUCAGUCACAGUCCCACGCACACAUUCACGCCUCCAGCUCGGACUCUGCGGGUGGGGGCUUCCUUUCCGACCCCCGCUCCUCUGGUCCCGUGUUGGAAACGGGGUCUCUACCGCAGGGCCUUGAGAGGAUGGCCCCUCCGGAACCAUCAUCCUUGUCUCGCUGGGCAGACCCAGCUUGGCAGUUCAACCUUUCGGCUGAAACUCCUGACAAUGUUGCCAAAAAGAGCGGCCGUCUGGACGGAGGCGAGGAGUCUCGAAGGAGACAAAAAGUAUUGGCUCGUUCAACCAUGGCUGCGCGUAGCUUCUCAUCGCCGCAGGGGGAACUGGAAAUGCAUCGCCUGCGGAGAGCUCUUGAGAGGGUCUCCUUUGACCAGACUCUUGGGGGACGGCUGGACGAAAGUGAUGGAGAGACAGGGCCUCCAUCAAGAGGAGCAGUUUCCCACAGAAGCCUGACUGACUCCAAUGGACUCCUGUUCCCUGCCUCGCCCCUGGACUGGGAGAGCUUCACUGACCCGGAGGAUCUGUUCACCGCGGCUCAUCCUGAAGAUCCUCCCCCGGGUCAGUGUUGCUCCAUCAUUCACGGCCUGCUGAGCGGUAGGCCCGUGUCCUGGGAGGUCACUGUGGACGUGGGCCGUCUCUGGCCGCCAGAGGACCAGAACAUCACGGGGAACACCGAAUGUGGACUUGGUGGGGAGGACGCAGGAAAGCCGUGGGAGGAGAUCAUUCACCACUUGACGGCUCGCUCAGUAAUAAGGGACUUUGAAAAACUGGCAGAGAAAGAGAGCGACACUGGGCACGGGUCGGGUAAACGGUAUCGCAUGAAGGCUAUCCAGACAAGCAAGCACUGUAACAUCGUGUGCAUGUACACGGCCUUCACCAUUACAGAUGGUAGCACAAACAAAGGCUUGCCAGAGAGCACGGACGUCCGAAACACAGGGAUUCUUACAGGGAACAAGCAAACUUCUCAGACUUUGGGACGCAGGCAGAAGGUCUAUUCUGCCGGUCUGGGAAGACAGCGGAUUGGUGGAGAAAGGGACGAGGUCGAAGACGCCUGGAACUUAACAGAGGCAGGUGGAUACUGCUCCAUGGCUGCUGUAACAGCAGAGAUGUCAUGCAAUCGCUCGCAGAGGUCUAUAGAGAGCAAGUCGAUGGAGAGCUUCUUCAGCACCAGGUUCCAGCUGGGUCGACUCAGGUCCUCUAUUUCAUCUGGAAAGCAGGUUCCCCUCAAGUCUCACUGUUUAUCUGCAGAGUCCGACAAACAACCUGAGAGUGAAGCUCCUGACUACCAGCCCCUGGUGCAUUUACAGCUUGCAUCAGGAGCUUUUCUACUGACGGAGAUCUACUCGGAGUGCGUCCAGAUCCCGCUGGACCGCCUCAAGAGAGCUUCGCCCUACAGCCUUCACCGACGUAGCCUCAGCCCGGCGUUCCGCUGCACCUCUCCCAGCGCUCCCUCCUUAUCCACCUCUGCCAAGCCUCCUGGCGCCCCCAGCAUUCACCACGUCACCUUUUCUCCCUCCUCGUGCUCUCUGGCCAAGCCGGCCGCUCCUCCUUUCCACCACACUCCGGUCGACAACCCCUUGAUUUUGGAGUCGAGGUUCCUGCGAAGACACCUGUCGGACCGAGACCCCGUCACCUCGCCCCCUGACCUCCCGAGCUCUGAGGAGGGCUCCUUAGAGCUGUCUAUCGGCCCCUCUCACAGCCAGAGCCUCGGGCAAGCAGACAGCGGCCGCGGUUCAGAGACAGAUAUAUGCGAGGGGUCCUCUGCAGAGCCGUCAGACCUCCAGGGCAGCAGCCAGUUGGCCCAGGAGGAUCUGGAAGGCUCGAGCUGGGCCACCGCUGUGGCCCUGGCCUGGCUGGAGCACCGGUGUGCCGGCUACUUCAUGGAGUGGGAGCUGGUGGCGGCCAAAGCAGACUCCUGGCUGCGCUGUCAGAAGCUGCCGGAGGGAGUGGACCUGGCAGGGUUAAGAGGAGCAGCCAGGCAGCUGUUUCUGCUGCUGCGCCACUGGGAUGAGAACAUUAAGCUCAACAUGCUGUGUUAUAACCCCAAUAAUAUGUGAGACAAUCAGCUCUGGAGGUGCAAAAAACAGAACCACGGUCGUGGAAAAAUUAGGACGCCUCAUCAGAUAUUAAUAUCGAUUUUGAUUUUGCUCAAAGAUAGAAACGAAACUGAGCGAAACGUUGGCCUUUGACUUUCCAUUUCUUGUCAGCAGGUUCUUGGUGGAUUUACUGCCUUAUUUCCUGCCACUGUCAUGGAUUCUGUGAUGGUGAGCCACCAGGUCCAACUACAGCAAAGCAGAUCAUGACUCCUCCACCUCUGUGCUUCACAGGCAAAACAUCCUUAUUUUACACAAGACCAGAACAUGUGGAACAUUAUUACACAAGUUCUGGUCUUUGUCUGCAUUCUCCCUCACAAACGUCUGGCCUUUGUGUUUUCAUUUCAUUUUACGUGGAAUUCUGUAAUGUUUCUUUAUUCUUGUCGUUUAAUUUCUGUUACUUUACAUGUUUGAUGUUAAAUCUCCAAAUACCCAUAAGCCCCAGCUUGUCAGAAAGACACAGGGUGUUAGUGCGGGGUCCUCCUUUUUUCACGACUGUGUAACAAAAACUAGACUUUAUCAGCUGAUACUGCAAGCCAGUGCCAAAUCCAUACCAAUUUAACAAAAGUGACCUUUUUAGUGUAACUUAGCUUUAUGCAAACACAGGAAUGCCUUGACCAUCUGAAUAAGCUUUUCGUAGGUUAGAAUGCAGCUCUGAGUUUGUGUUAUGUGUACGAGUCAGUCAAUGAUUGUCAGGUUGGGUGUUUGAUAAACAGAUGAAAGAUUAGCUUACACAAUAAAUAUGAAUAAAAACAAAGCAUAAUGGAAGCUAAGCAUUUGUUGUACUGUGUACAAAUUAACAAAAAGGAAUAAAACUUUUGACCUGU